GCCAUGACACACUAGGAGACGCCAUCUAAGCAGAGCAAGGCAGGUCACAGAAUUAGCCAGCUUCUUUUCAACAAAUCAAGGACAUUCAGGACCAGACAACAAGAAUUGAAGAAGCCAAAAGAAUGGACAACCACACGUACAACUACCCGUCCGACUGCACCCCUCUCACCAGCUGCAAGUCGGCCCGCAAGCCGGCGGGUUCCACCGUGGUGAAUAUGGGCACCGCAGGCAAGAAGCCACCCAGUGACUACCUAGUCUGGUCCCUGUGCAACACCCUGUAUGUCAACUUCUGCUGUCUGGGAUUCAUGGCUCUUAUCUACUCAAUUAAGGCCAGGGAUCAGAAGACCCAGGGGAACUUGCAGCUGGCCCAGGAGUGCUCGGACAAGGCCAAGUGGUACAACAUCCUGGCGGCGGGCUGGAACCUGCUGGUGCCCCUGUUGGUGGUGGUGCUGCUGGUGCUGUUGCUGGUUCACCUGGGCACCUCACAGGGCUCCUUCGACUUCUUCGGAGAGGACGGCUUCCAGAGCUUCAUGAAACUCUUCAGCAGGUAGAGAGACAGACGUAGAGGGUUAUAUACUCUGCCUGUUAAAGAGUGUUGAAAUACACAGAAAAGGCUGUAUUACUCGUAGAACUCGGAGCAGGGUUUGAGGAUUAUUUAUGCAGAUUUAAACAACGCACUUUUAAAAUGUGUUGCAUGAAAGUCAAUCGUGAGCUGUAGUAGGCUAUUGUAAACUUUUUUUGGGGAACGGGAAUUAUGCGGCACCUGUCAAUUAAAUAUUUUAUGUUUUUGGGGGCGAUUUAGCGUACAUUGAAGGCUGGUUAGUGGACAGAAGAUAUCGAAGAACAGAAUGAUAGAUGUAGAAAAUUAAAGGAGAAGAUGGUGGAUGGAGACUGGUGGAUGCUUCCCUAAAAGCCACCCAACAACCACCUGACAACGGACUAAUGACCUCUUUACAUCAUGGGUCACUUUUUUUCCUUUAUAAAUAUUAUCAAGACAUUAACUAAUUGUUGUUCUAAUGUACUAUUAUAUUAUUAUUGCUGUAAUUUUUAUUGGUAGCUGUAUUGUUAGCUAAAGGCUAGUAUCAUUGUCACUGCAUUGGAUCUUGACCAUUUCUAGACCCCUUUGUGAAAAACAAAUGUGAGAAAGUAAAAUAAAAAAUGUCACAACUACA